AGUGCUCUCAGCUCAAGUCCAGAGGGAAACAGAAGGCUGGGCUUCACGAAUGGCACUUCAGUUGCCGGCCCAUUUACUGGCUUCUCGGCAGGAGCCUUUGAAUGUAGAAGAUCCAAACAUCCCACGGCUCUUGGUUGCCUUUCACAAAUCACACGUGGAAAUGUUGAAACCUGGCUUUGAGAUUCCGCCAGAGCUUGUACGCCGGAUGAAGAUGCUGGCAAAUCAGGAAUUCCGCAUCUUUCACGAGUGCAAGAACUUCACAAAAAUUUGUGAGGAGAUCGUUGCAGCUUGCAACAGGUCUGAGGUUCUGCCUGAACAUGAGCUUUCAGGAAUGCUGGCCGAGGUGAUGGACUACUUUUCAGAUUUGCAAAAGCUUCACCAACAGAGGAAGGACAACAUCAACCUACUCUUGCAAUCGGAUAAGGAUAAUUUGGAGAAGUUUCGGCAAGCGCAUUGGCAUGUGGAGGUUGAGAGGGAUGCCGUUGGCCUUGCCUCUAGAAUUGGACCCAUUGGUGUCAUAGCAGGUGUAGGGCUUGCAGGUUACCCGAUCACUCCUUGGUCCGUAGCAGCAGCUGCCCUACUAGCGGUGUCCUGCAAAGUGGCAGGAGAUUAUCAUCGGGAAGCUGCGGAAAAGGUGGCGACGGCGUUGGCAAAAGACAUGCAAGCAAAGAAUGCCCCGAUCCAGUAUCUGGAGACUGUGGCCAAGAAUAUCGAUGAUGCAAUUGAUCGCCUGGGCACAGACACUCAAAGACUCCGAGGCAGUUCAGGCCAGAUCAGGCGACGGAUGGACAUGCUUUUGGAGGAGGUUCGAGGAGUCCAGAUGACUGCCUGCCAAAACUUUGUUGCCUUGGCUGGGGAUGCCACAUUGGUAGCAGCAUUUGGAUUGACUGAGAGUAGAAGGUUGCAGAUAGUGCGGGAAGCCCUUGCAACUGACCUGGCUGAUGUCCAGAUGCUGCCUGCAGGCAUGGCCCCAUAGGUAUGUGUAGACAGAUGCAUUGCAUGUGCAUCCUGCUAUUGGCGGUGCAGUACAGGCAUU